GGCCCAGGUUCCUCCCCAACUUCCUCACUGUCCGAAUCUGCUGCCAGCUCUGCUUGUCACUGGGGAGCCACAAAAUUAUGUUUGUGGGUACGAUCAGAAAAAUGUUUUUCUAUGUUUUUCAAGGUUUACUCAUGCUGAUUGGCUGGCUGCAAGGGAAACAUCUCCUUGAUAUGUUCACCAUUGGAGUGAGCUUGGCGGUGGCUGCCAUCCCCGAAGGCCUGCCCAUCGUCGUCACGGUGACGCUAGUACUGGGCGUCUUGAGAAUGGCCAAGAAGCAAGUCAUCGUGAAGAAGUUGCCCAUAGUGGAAACUCUAGGUGAGUCGGAACAAUCCCAUGUGGUGGGUAAAACUGGUAAUAAUAGGGAAUAUCCUGCAAUUGAAUUUACUAGCACCCAGGUUAAUUCAACUGUGACAGUUUCUAUUAUUUUAAUUAAGGUGAUUCCAUGAGCGCUGAUAUUAAUUUUAAAGUUUGCCCUUCGUCUUCCGGGUUCUCCCCAUUACGAAUAGAACUGUACGUAGCUAUUUUUGAAAGCAGUAUUCGUUUAAAAUUAUCAGAUUGGCUUGAAUUUCUGUGGUGGGAUAUGUUAAAAUACUUCUUGGUAGUAUAUGGAGCAAAUUUUUCAUUUGCAAAAACACUAAAGAGCUUUAAAGUUUGGCAAUACAUUUCUUCAGAGACUUGCAUUUGCAAAGGGAUGGAUACGCCAAUAAAGAAUCUGAAAAAGGAGAAAUGUUCAGAUUUAAUUUUUUCCUUCAUAGUUAAUUGAAGGAAUGUAUUUUAAAUGCAUGAGCAGCACUCACAUAUUUUAAAAAUUGCACACUUCUUUCUCGCUUCCU